GCUCGGUCAGGCGGGCGUGGCGCCAGGCGGACGCGUAGGCGAGGCCCUGUUCCCGGCCGCGGGCUCCUCCACCGCUGGGCGGGGCGGCGGAGGAUGGAAGUGGGCUUAUCGGCCGUCACGCUCUACCUAGCCAGCGCCAGCGGCCCUGAGGCGGCGGCGACGAUGGACCGGGAGCCCGGGAGCCGCGCGGAGGCGGGAGAGGCAGUGGCAGCCUCGGGAGCGGCGGCCGCCGCGGCCUUCCGAGACCCGGCGCGGCAGAUGAGUAAUGAAAGAAGCUUUGAAAAUGUAGAACUGGGAGUCAUUGGAAAAAAGAAGAAGGUCCCAAGGAGAGUCAUCCACUUUGUUAGUGGUGAGACAAUGGAGGAGUAUAGCACGGAUGAAGAUGAAGUCGACGGCCUGGAAAAGAAAGAUGUCUUGCCUACUGUUGAUCCGACAAAACUUACCUGGGGUCCCUACUUAUGGUUUUAUAUGCUUCGUGCAGCCACGUCAACUCUCUCAGUGUGUGACUUUCUUGGAGAGAAGAUUGCAUCUGUUUUGGGCAUCAGUACCCCAAAAUACCAGUAUGCCAUUGAUGAGUAUUACCGGAUGAAGAAGGAGGAGGAGGAGGAGGAGGAAGAAAACAGGAUGUCUGAAGAAGCAGAAAGACACUACCAACAGAAUAAGCUGCAGGCUGAUUCCAUUGUUCAGACAGAUCAACCAGAAACAGUGGUGUCCAGUUCAUUUGUGAAUCUCAAUUUUGAAAUGGAGGGAGAAUGUGAAGUAUUUACAGAAAGCAAACAAAAUCCAGUCUCUGUCCCACCAUAGAAUGCAAUGACUCAAACUUCAAACACUAAGGUGGUUUUUAUACCAGGAACUUUCACAUUCUCUAUUCAGUGGGAUUUAAUACAGUUAUUUAUAUUUUAAAUUAUCUAUAAAGGGAAAACUGUUUGCUUUAUUCUUAAGCUCUAUCUAGCAAAAGUCAGAUCUGAAAUUUGGUUAUUUGUAUUAUGCUUUUACUGUGUGUCAAAUUAGUGCUUUGGUUUUAAAAUGAUCUUUAUAAAAAUGUCAAUGACAUUUUAGAGCCCUAAUUGCCAAUUAAGAGUUAUCAUGCUUGUCUGUUAUUUGUGAAUGAAAAAAAAAUUGGUUAAGUUACUGAUUAAGGCUAAUAAGAGUUGAUAUUCCUAAUCUCAGAUGAAAAUGAGGAAUUUCUCUGAUUUUUUCAUGUCUUAUUUAUAAAUCUAACCAUUAACUUCAUACUAAAGAAGGUUCACUGAGUAAUAAAAAGGAGCAAGAUAAAAGCACUUUGAAUUUUCUUUCCUUAAGUUUAUUUUAUGGAAAGGUGAUUGAGUCUAUAACAUUAAAUAAGAUAGGUUUCCUUUUUUAAAUGUUUUUAUGGAUUUAUGGUGUGGUGGCUCAUGGCAUAUGAUAGGAAUCUUUUUAGUAAUGGGUCUAUACCAGAUAAUUUAGUACUUAAAAGAUUAGUUAUCAGAUUAUAUAAUUAAUGUAACCAUAAGUUAUAGUUUACCAAUAGUUCUAAAACAUGCUAACCUGACACCUUCCCUCCAAUUUGUUUUUGAGUUAGUAUUUCCAACUCUGAUAUUUGGUUAUCCAGUGAAGGUGAUCUGAAUCUUCUCUCGUUGGAGGUAAUAUAUCUAACAAAAACUAGAAACUUUUCUGAUUAUAGUAGAAGGAAGAUAAUGACCUAUGAAGAUUUUAUGCUUCUUGAAUUUUAUUUUCUUUGUCUAACUGUGGCCAGUUUGUAAUGUUUACAUAGUUAUACACUGUGCCUUAAAUUUUUAUAUUUUUAUUUAUGCAAACUAUAAAAUUUCCCAUAAAUGCA